GUAGGCUUAGUUUAAGUAUUCCCUUUUCAGUUUCGAAAUUCAAAAUUAACAAAUGGCAUUAAGGCAGCAGAUACUGAAAAUGGUCAAUUUCCUGCCCACCAUGGGGAAUUCUAAGGGAAUGUCCAGCAAGCCGGACAAGUCCUCGUUCGCCAAGUCGAUGAAGCCCCUGAAGGAGUUCAAGCGCUCGCGGAUUCCGAAGAUCAGCGUAGUUGGAGCCGGUCAGGUGGGCACGGCGAUCAGUUGCAUGCUGCUGCUGCGGAAUCUCACCAAGAACCUGGUCAUCCUGGACAUUAACUACGAGCUGGCCAAGGCGGAGGCACUGGACUUUCAGCAGGCCUCCGCCUUUCUGAACGAUGCUCGGGUGGUGCCCUGCGGCGACGGUGCCAACUCCAAGAACUCCGACGUGGUGAUCCUUACGGCGGGAGCACGGCCCUCCGGCAAGGAUCGUUCCCGCCUGGCUGCGAUGAAAAAGACCAUCGAAAUCCUCAAGGAGGCGGUGCCCAAACUGGUGAAGCUCAGUCCCAAUGCCACCUUCAUUGUCAUCUCCAAUCCCGCCGAUGUUAUGACCUACGCUGUCCAGCGGAUUGGCAAGCUGCCCAAGCAUCGCUGCUUCACCACCGGCUGUCACCUGGACACGGUGAGGUUCCGCAACCUGAUCGCAGAUCGCCUUCGAGUGCCUCCGUCCCAGGUCCAUGGCUAUGUGAUCGGCGAGCACGGCGCCAGUGCGGUUCCAGUGUGGUCCAGCGUCUCCAUCGCCGGCAUCCGGCUCAAUGAUGUGGUCAAGAGCCUGGCCUGCGGCGACGAUCCGGAGAACUGGGCGGAGAUCAACGGGCAGGUCACCACCGGCGGCCUUGCGGUGGCCAAGACCAAGGGCUACACCAACUGGGCCGUUGCCCUCACCUGCACGGACAUCGUGCAGGCGAUGUGCGGCGGCAAGGGCAAGGUCGCAUCCGUGGGCACGGACAUGCAGGGCCUGAACGGCAUCAAGGACCAUGUGGUGCUAUCGCUGCCCUGCCUGGUCACCGCCGGCGGCAUCAGCCACGUGUUCGAGCUGCCGCUCACGGAUGUGGAGCAGGGCAAGCUGCUGGCCUCCGCCAACGUCCUGCUGGAGGCGCAAUGCUCUCUGAAUCUUUGAUCAUGAUUGGCCAAGUCAAAGGAUAUUAACAAGUUUAUGAAUAAUGAAGUAGCUGAGCUGCAGCUAACACCUUGUGAAACUUCUUGGAAGUUAAGUUACUUAUACUGAAGGUUUAUUUGAAAAGCUGUUGGUUUUUAAGAAGAUCGUCAAACUUAAACGAUUUCCGAAAUAUUUAUAUUGUAAAAAUACCUUUUGGAAAUGACAAAUUCCGAAAAACGUGGUUCUGUGAAGAUAUAAUUAUUAGCCACAUUAUUAUUGUAUCUAGACAAGUAUUAUACU